ACAGGAUCCCCAGUUGAGACGAAACUAUCGGAGGAAGCUGUUGCAAGCGUUAACAUUCUCUAGCAGUGUAAUUAUAGAAACAGCAGUUCAGCCUCUUUGCUCUAUCAGAGCUCAUGUGGACUAUUGAGGAGCAACUCAUGUGACCUUGAUAUUCAACCAUUUGCGAAACUUUAAAUUUAACUGCCAUUAAAGUUUUACAAUCGUUUGCGUGCCAGUGAAAACUUGGAGCGGAAGGAUUAAAUGUUCGGCAAAGUUAAAUGAAGUAAUUUACUGUGUUAUUCUAAAAUUACGUUAAUGUGCGUCUUUGGCUGGUAACAUAACUGAAACAGAAAUAUCAGAGUUCAAACCGUAGAAACUUUCCAAUAUUGAAAUGUGGUGAUUGUGGUCUCGCGAAAGAAUUAUAUAGGACACAGUUGCAGUUGAGUCCCGAGAGUCAGUGCUUUCCUCCAGCAAAGGAUAUCGUUUAAUGUAAACUUAAAAUAUGGAGAAGUACGACAUUAUAAAUGUCGUUGGCGAAGGAUCUUAUGGACUUGUCAUGCGAUGUCGCCAUCGAGAAUCUGGACAAUAUGUGGCUAUCAAGAAGUUCUUAGAAACAGAGGAUGAUCCUACUGUAAGGAAGAUGGCCAUCAGGGAGAUCAGAAUGUUGAAGAAACUACGUCAUGAGAAUUUAGUCAAUUUACUCGAAGUAUUUCGACGCAAGAAGCGAUUUUUCCUCGUAUUCGAGUAUUUAGAACACACUGUUCUCGAGGAAUUGGAAGCACGAGCUGGCGGAUUAGGAUUUGUAACUUCUAGAAAAUAUAUUUACCAAAUACUUAGGGCAUUAGAUUUCAUACAUUCUCACGAUGUUAUCCAUAGGGACGUCAAACCUGAGAAUGUCCUCGUAUCUCGACUAGGCGUCAUCAAAUUAUGUGAUUUUGGAUUCGCUCGACCGUAUGCGGAAAAUGAAACAUUCACAGACUAUGUUGCGACUAGAUGGUAUAGAUCUCCAGAGCUGCUAGUUGGUGACCCCCGCUAUGGAAAGGAGGUAGACAUAUGGGCUGUUGGUUGCCUGUAUGCCGAAAUGAUGACUGGAGAACCUCUAUUCCCUGGUGAAAGCGAUAUCGAUCAAUUAUUCCAAAUCAUCAGAGUCCUAGGGAAGCUAAAUACUCAUCACCAAAUUCUAAUCCAUCAGAAUUCCAUGUUCAAAGGAAUGAAGCAAGAACAAUGUACGAGUCUCAUGGAACUGUUCCCAGAUUGGAAUCGUGAUAGUCUAGAUUUCCUCACGCAAUGUUUGGUAAUGGAUGGAAGUUUGAGACCAUCAACAGCUUGUUUGCUAAAACAUGACCUUUUCACCCGUGAUGACUUUACUGAGAACUUUCUCCCAGAGCUUAGAUCUAAAAUCAAUCAAGAAACGCAAAUGAAUCCAUUACUAAAAAGAAUGAGCGAUUUUAACUCUGGUAAUAAAAGCGGUGAUGAUCGUUCACAUUCAAAGCAAGAUUCAGCAGCUAAAUCGACAAGUACAAGCAAAGAUAGAAGCUCCCAAUACGGAAUAUCACUCCUUUCCUUGGCCGGAAAUCGACCAAGUUUUGGUAGCGAAGAACAGUUUAGCCACUUCCGGCAUUAUCUUAACAACAUGCAAACACAGCAAAAACCCCAAGUGAAGCAAAUCAGUAUAAACAAUCUUGUUUUCCAUGAUGCCAAUAGUAACAAAGUACCCCGGGUAUUAUCAGCUAAACCACAAAAAACACAGGGCGAAAAGUACCAAUCCUCGAAUCAGACUCAAGCUGAAACUCCAUCUUCGCCUGUUCAAUUUCAAUCUUUACAACCGGAAGUCACCAGUACAAUAAAUCAUGAUCUUGCUAUGCAUGGAAGGCGAUUAUCCCCCACUAGUAAUCUAUCCGUUGGUGGUCAAUACUUUAAUCAGAAGCGAAGUACAAACAUACUAGGAUUGCACCAGGUCGCGCAACAUAAGCAAAACAAAAUAAGCUAUCCACCAAGCAUCCAAACAUCUCGUACGAAUCCUCCUAAGCAAACACGUACCAACCUUCUCGAUGUAAACCUACUGCCUAUAGGAUUGGGGCCGAGUCCAGAAGUGAGUAAAGAAACAAGCCCAAGACUAUUUCCCUUACAUCCGUGGACCAUUGCCAAUCCUAAACUAACGCAACAUUCAAACAAAACAUCCACAACUUCUACAACGGGAACUUCAACAAAGAAAGUACUGACUGAUUGGAAAAGCGUUGCACGGGAGUCCGGGAAUGAUUUUUUACUCCCAAACUUCACAGGAGCCUCAACAAGCCCGUACAAAGGAAACAGGAAAAAACUCUCCCCCAUGUCAACGUUGUCCUUCCAAGAGCAGAUGCAACAACGAGGCGAGAGUAUAAUCUUUCCAACACCAAGAAAAUUCUCGGCGUCUUCGGAUCAAGAAAAUGAGACUUAAGUAGCCGUUGUGAUUAACUUGCUGAGUUCAGUAUUAUUGUAAAUAGUUAAGAAUUACUUAUUUGGUUCUGUGAAACAUUUUUGCCUUCUUUGUGGACUUAUGUUCAUUAGAUGCUUCAAUAAA